AUGGAGACCGGCCCGGGAUACGGGGCAUCCCGUGGCGAAGGGGGGUCUCCGGAGGCCAUGGGGGUCCCCAGGGGGCAGAGGAUGAUGAGGGGCAGAUUGACACCCGGGAAGCAGAGCCCGCUGCGGCGGAGGGCCCAGCACCCCGCUCCCGAGCCGGGGGGCAACUGGCGGCCACCUCGGCGGGCGCGAGCCUGUCACCCCUAGCUCGCACACCGCCUCGAGCCGGGCGGCAGGGUCCCCCGCGGCAGCUGGUCCUCCGACUCCUCGGGCUCCUCCGGCCCCCGGGAGCCCCGGUACCGGGUCGUGCUGCUGGGUGACCCCGGCGUCGGCAAGACCAGCCUGGUCAAUCUCUUCGCUGGCGUUCAGGAGAGGGAACUGCUGGAGCAGCACGGAGAGGCCGCAUACGAGCGCACGCUGACCGUGGAUGGAGAGGAGACCACGCUGCUGGUGCUGGACAUCUGGGAGCCGGAGCAGCGGGGUGAGGAGAGCCGGCGCCGCAGCCGGUGCCUGCAGGUGGGGAACGCCUACGUCAUUGUCUACUCCAUCACCGACCGGGGCAGCUUCGAGAGCGCCUCGGAGCUGCGCAUCCAGCUGCGCCGGGCACGCCAGGCCGAGGACAUCCCCAUCAUCCUGGUGGGGAACAAGACCGACCUGGUGCGGUGCCGCGAGGUCUCCGUCGAAGAGGGCCGGGCCUGCGCCGCCGUGUUUGACUGCAAGUUCAUCGAGACGUCGGCGGCUCUGCAGCACAACGUGGACGAGCUCUUCGAGGGGGUGGUGCGGCAGAUCCGCCUGCGCCGAGGGGGAAAGGAGUCCCACCCGCACCCUGCGCCCGGCCAGAAGCACAAGGAAAGCCUCAGCAGGAGAGCCCGGCACUUCCUCGACAGGCUGGUGGCCAGGAAUAGCAGCAAGGGGGCCCUCAAAGUCCGCUCCAAGUCCUGCCACGACCUGUCUGUGCUCUGAGAGCCACUGUCCCGUCCCUCUGAACAUGCUAGCUGGGACUCUCCUCUCUUCCAACAGCGUGGCCAGUGGCUCCAUGGAGAGCCCAGACAGGACCGGAGCGAUGCUGAGGACAUGGAGCUGUUUUCACCAGUGCUCAGGGUUGCUGAGGUGCUGUGGAUCUGGCUGCAUCCCCUCCAGGAGAGGGGACAAGUGGAACUGAGUCCAUGGAGCAGAGGGUGGGACAGGUACCUGCACUUGGGGUGAUGGGAUUUUGGAUCCCAGCUGCUCCCGGGGAGCCGGAGGUGAGGGGUGGCCAUGCCCCAGUGCAGGGCUGGAGGCUGCCAGGAGCAGGGUAGGUCCUGCUUGUGGUGCCCAUCCUUUGCAGGGCAUAGGGACUGGCGAGAGCACCACAGCAGUGUCCACCUUGGACUUCCUGGAGCCUGGCCAGGGAGAGGGGACGGGGAGCACUGGCAGCAUCGCCUGGCAGCAUCCCCUGCUGUGCCAGGGCUUUGUUCCAUGUGUCCCUGGCACCAGUGUUUCUCAGAUGGAGGGUUUUGUGCUGUC